AUGCGCUGGGGCCGUCAUGGUCUCGCUGUAAGCUCUCAGACACCUGCCAUGCCGUCAUCGACGCGUGUGCAUUCGCCGCUGCGAGACGGCUGGACAGCUGCCCACUUCCAUCCACAGGUGUGACAACAUUCCUCCUCGAACGCCCCGGUGAAGUGGCGUGUGAUGCAAUGUGUGCAGGUGUAUGUGGUGCUUGUGGCGGCGGCGCCUGUGGCGGCGGUGCCCGAGUGGAUGGAAUGGAGUAGCAGCAGCAGCAGCAGAUGGUUCAUGUGGUGCAUGGCCAUGAUCAGCAGCAGCUGCUUCAUGUAA